AUGAAAAAUUACCACGAUCACCCAACAGCAUCACACUUCGAGAUUUCGAGAACCUGGUAUUGGCUACGUGACAAAUACUACUGGCCGCAAAUGUUUAAUACAAUUGUAUCAUAUGUAAAAGUUGUAUCAUGUAAAAGUUGUCAACGAUUUAAGUAUCGUCGUAUGAAACCAAGUGGUACAUUAGAACCAAUACCACCUCCCGCUGGGCCAUUUGAAUUAGUAGGAUUAGAUUAUUUAGGGCCAUUAACAACAUCAGUCAAUGGUAACAAGUAUUCUUCGCAUGAAGAAUGAAAUCUUCUUCCCAUCUUCUUUCGUUAUAGAGUUAUCCGACGAAGCAUAUAUCACACUGUAUUCUGGCGCCCUCUAUUACGUUUAAGUUAUUUCAUUUAAUUGUAAUAAAUUAAACAUCUUUUACCUGAGGUCUGACUUUACCUUAGUUGCUACCUACACAUACUCGAAACACUGAAAAUAAAUUAACGCUUGUUUCUUCUCUCAUAUGAUUGGCUAAUCCAUAAAGUAUCUGACGUCCAUGUUUGCACAUAAACACGCAAGCACAUAACUCUUUUCAAUAAUACCACUGAGUACAAGGUAACGCUCGUCUGCAUUCGCUCGGUCCCUUGACUUGAUUAACUUGGAUCUGCGCAAGAGAAUGCCCUUUGGUGACUUUUAAAUCUUAGACAAUGCUCACGCCUCCCUUCGGUCGGCGCUCGCUGCCAGCCUAACGAAGACAUCUGGAUUUUUUUCUCUUUUCAUGUAUCAGAUUCGUAAUCUAAUAUAAAUAUAAAAAGCAAAAAUCCCUACAGGUCUAAAACUAUUUCUGAAUUCAAAACAAUGCUCACGCCUCCAUUCGGUCGGCGCUCGCUAACUAAGACAUCUUCUGCAUUUUUUCAGUCGGCGUUCGUAGCCAGUAUAGGUGAGAAACGCUAUGAACUUCUCUGAUUCCGCCAAAAAACCAUUUAAUGUGAUAAAAAGCUAAAAGGCUAGGACAUCCUCUGCAGAUCCCCAUGAGGUUGGAAGUCUUGGCUGUUUAUCUCUCUGCAUCAGUAGAUAUUUCAGAUGAUCUCUUUGAAUAUUUUCUCUCUUGUGUAAAAAAUAAUUUUCUGUUCUUCUCUCUUGUGAUAGGCUUAUCCAUAGAAUAUUUGACAGCCAUUUUUCCGUAUUUUGCACACAGACACACAGACAACUAUUUUGUAAGACCCUAGACUAAAGUCAAGGGAAGAAGGUAACGCUCGGUUCCUUGGAUUUAGGAACUUAUAUCUGCAAACAACUUUCCAUAACUUUCAAUCAAAGACAACGAAUUUUUCUCUGAUUUGAUAUGUAAGCUUCGUAGCCUAGUACCUAAGAAGCUUUCUCGAGGCAAUCCGAAGAUCCCCAGAGGUUUAAAAAUAUUUCUAAAUGUCAACACAAUGCUCACGCCUUCCUCCGGUCGGCGUUCGCAACUAGAAUAGGUGAGAAAUGUACUGAACUUCUGAGCUUCUCUGACUCCACAGAAAAAGUGCUCUACGUAACAUGGAGCUAAAAGGUUUCUGUACACCCUCUAACGGUUCCAAAGAGACCAGUCAUAUUUUUGAUGAAUUUCCUGUCAUAGGUAUUCCACAUUCUGUAAGUUUUAUUCGUUGUAGAAAACGUUUUUUGUGUUAUCAAAUUUAGGCUGCUUUCUGUCGGCGUCCCGCGUUGAACUACAGAAACCAAUUGUUUCGUUUUUUCGCUGUGCUUCAGUAGAUAUUUCAGCCAUUUCUUUGAAUAUUUUUUGUCUCAUGGGUAGAAAAGAACUUUUUAUAUUUUUGUCCGUUGUGAUUGGCUUAUCCAUGGAAUAUCUGCGCAGCCAUAUCUGCUAACGGCUUUUCAUGACUUUUGAAUCUAAGACAACAGUCACUCCUUUCUGUGGUCGGCGUCUCCUAUGGACCAUCUAAAAUAUGUUGUGAAUUUUUCUCUGAUUUGAUAUGUAAGGUUCGUAGAUAAUCUAAUGUAAAUCUAAAAAGUGUUCUUGAAAUACGCGGAGGUGUAAAGAUAUUUCUAAAUUCAAGAUAAUCGUCACGCCGAUCGAAGCGAGGCGCAGAAGAAUAGCUGAGAAUGAUUGCUGUUAUGAGUUUCUCUGAUUCCACGGGAAAAGCGCACAAAGUAAUAUAAAGCUAAAACGUUUUCUGAACAUUAACUGAAGAUCCCAAAUAGGCUAGACAUAUUUGUUACAGGCCAAAUUCAAAUUUAGGCCAAUUUUAAAUUAGUUUAGGCUAAAUUCAAAUUUUAAUUUGGCCUAGUCUAAAUUAAAAUCGAAGUGCUUGCACAUGCUGAUUUGAAUCUGGACUAGCCU